GAUGUAUGAGAAAACUCCGAAGCCGACUAUCCAACCUAUGGAUCCAAGACGUCGUAAAAAGAAAUCGGAACGUUUCAAACUGAGCAGCGUUUAUGCCGUCCUGGGCCUUCCAUACGAUGAUAGCGAGGAAAUUGAUUCUUUUAGGGCAUUUGGGGAACAUUUUCAUAACCUUGAUGAAGUAACAACAGCUUGUAAGAAAGCCGGAUUAGGCAAGGCCAAUUUAAUAAUUGGUGUGGACUUUACGGCCAGUAAUGAAUGGCAAGGAAGAAAAACAUUUAAUCAGCAGAACCUGCACAAAAUUGUUGGUAAUAAGAUUCAUAACCCAUAUCAAAAGGUAAUAUAUAUUUUGGGCGAAACAUUGAAGCCGUUUAUUGAUUGUGAUUCCAUUCCUUCGUAUGGCUUCGGAGACGCUUUAACAACUGAUGAAAGCGUUUUUUCAUUAAAAGAAAAUCAUUGUAAAAAUUUUGAAGACAUUUUGGAACGCUAUAAUAUAACAACACGAAAAGUAACGCUCGGUGGUCCGACUAGUUUCGCACCAAUAAUCAAUAAAGCUGUAGAAAUAGUUAAACUGAACGUUUCUUAUCAUGUACUGGUUAUUAUUGCCGAUGGCCAAGUUAACGAGGAAAGUCCUACAAUCGACGCUAUUGUAGAAGCAAGCAAGUAUCCUCUAAGUAUUAUUGUCGUUGGAGUUGGAGACGGUCCUUGGGACGUUAUGGAAGAAUUUGAUCAUCGUUUGCCUAAACGUCAAUUUGACAAUUUUCAUUUUGUAGAUUAUCAUUUCGCAAUCUCUUCUGUACGAAAUUCAAAGCACGCCGAUGCUACAUUUGCCUUACAUGCACUUAUGGAAAUUCCCGAUCAGUAUCAGAAAAUAAUCUCUCUGGGCUAUUUGGAUUCUUCGCAUCAAGAUUAA